UAACAACCAGCUACGACAGAAAAACGCCCUGUGUGAAACAAACACCUGCUGCUUACAGACACACACAGACACACACUGCGAGUCAUGAAGCUGACUGUGCUGAUCGGUUCUGUCCUGUUGCUCUCUGUUUCUGUCCUGUCCCUGGAAGAUGGGACUGUGACUCAGUUUCCAGACGGUGAUAAGACAAUGAUGACUGGAAAAUCGGGAGAAAGGGCUCUGGCCUACCCAAAUGAGUUGGGUUGUGAGAAGUACGAAGGAAGAGUCUGCACCAGGGAGUAUGAUCCAGUAUGUGGCAGUGAUGGAAACACCUAUAGCACAGAGUGUGUUCUCUGCCAGCAGAACAGCCAACAGAAGAAGAAUGUGAAAGUGGCAAGCAGUGGGCCUUGUCUUCCUUAACCAGCUCUGGUGGGCAGUGACACACAGGAACACACUUCUCACUGAGAGGCUGGUGAUAUGCAAUCCCUGUAGCAUGACUUCCCAAUAAACUUCCAAACUGCAACUUUU